AUGCCUGGACAUUUCGGCCAGAAAGUACUCAAUGCCUUUGGUGUGGGCCACCAUACCCAGCAAGGCCAACUGCCUGGCCCAACUGGCCACCAUCUACCAGGUCGCGGGCUCAUCCACGACGAUGAGCGCCCACUCUCUUCCCCUCCCAACAAUGGCACCUAUCCCCGCCUGGCUCGACUCUCUGACGGCUCCAUCCUCUCCUCCUUCACGCGUUUUCCAGAUGGCCAACAUGCGCUCUGUAUCGCCCGCAGCACCGAUGGCGGGCGCACCUUCCAGAACUUCUCCGAGGUAACGCGGGCGACUGGGGAUGUGGACAACAUGUUCCUUCUCGAAGUUGCUCCCGGGGUAGUCCUUGCAGCAUUCCGAAAUCACGAUCUCGGUCCCAAUGGUCCUACACACUUCCGCAUCACUGUCUGCAGGUCCACGGACGGAGGUCGUAGCUGGAAAUUCGCGUCCCAGGCAGCAGAGAAAAGCCCGCCAUUGGGAAUCUGGGAGCCCUUCAUGCGACUCGGCCGACGAGGCGAGGUGCAAUUAACCUUCUCCCAAGAGUUCGCACAUAACAAUCAAUGCACCAUGCUUGUCGUUUCGCAUGACCAGGGAAGUACUUGGAGCCAUCUGGUCUGUUUACACGGCGACCAAGAUCCCCUGCGUGACGGGAUGAACGGAAUCGCGGCCACUUUUGACAAUGGCCGCGAAGCCCUGGUCAUGAUCUUUGAGACUACCCGGUAUGGACCGUUCAAUGUCGAGGCAUUAAUCUCCUACGAUGAUGGCGCGACCUGGCAGAAUCGCCAUGAGGUUUUCUGUCCCCGCCAAGGACACAAUGCGGGAUCGCCGCAGAUUUCUGCGUUUGCCGAUGGCUCCAUGGUGGUCGUCUUUAUGACAGACGAUGAUUCGCAUCAAGUAGAUUGGGUCAAGCAUGCAUCUAUUAAAGCUGUAUUUGCGGGCCCACCUCAGAAUGGCCAGAUUCGCUGGAGUGAGCCCCAGGUGGUUUCGCCUGCCUCCAGCUUCUGGCCUGGAGUUCUGGCACUGGAUCACUAUACUGCCCUGGUCACUUAUGACCGUGGCGGGCCUCUCGCCAAGACUAUUUCCUGGCAGCCUCGUUGA